GAAACGGUUUAGACUUCCCGCUUUCGUUUGCGCUUUCUUCUCCAAAUGGACGAGGUGGAAAACGCUUUUUGCCGAUACCCGAUGCGAGAUUGCAGUUUGAAUCACGCCUCCGUCUCGCACUUCCUCACCCUUCCUGCCCGAGGAAGUCGCGGCAGAUGCGGGCUGAGUUUCUUUUCUCGCAGCGACGGCGAGAAACAGCCGGUUCACCGCGAGCUUUUUUCUUUUCGUGCUCCCUCUGCACCUCAGUAAAUUCGCGUUCUGAACCAGACACUGCGAAAACCCACAGGUGCUUUUUCAGUCCUGCCUCUGUCUGAAUCUCCCGUUACCGGGUGUACAUACACCUGGACGGAGGCGCCAGCCAGCUCGCGGGGUUUCCACGAAAGCGCGUUCCACCUUUUGCCCGUUUUUUUUUGCGCCGCGUCUUCGAGGUUUCUCCGCCAACGCGGCCUCAAGGGUCUGUAAAGCAUCGGCGCAGCCUUCUUUUUUCCUCGAGAUCUUUCUUCAACUCUGACCUUGUGUACAAGACAACCGCUUCGUGGCGCCCUCGUCACAGAGGGGGGCUGCACACACUUUGUCAGGAACCAGGCUGUUUCCUUUUUCGUUUUCGAUUCUAUUCUUCUUGUGCAGCUAUCGACCCAGCGCUUAUCUUGGUUUCUUCCUCCUAAUCGCUUUCCAACUCAAGUAGGACAACUUUUCGACUCUCCCGUCCGUCGCACGCCGACAGACUUCUCGACCCUCAACUCACUCGCGUCUCUCCGCUGCUUCUUUCAUGUCUUCCUCCUUUCGAAAGGGCGUCGAGGCCCUCCCUCGUUUCCCCCUGUCUUCUCACUUCCUUCCUUGCUUCUGAAAACGGCACCUUUUCGCGGAUCGCUGUCGUCUUGGAUGGCAGACGGUUUACCGAGUUCUCGAAUUUUUCUGCAGCAGAAACUCUCCUUCGUCCUUGCCUCGGCUCCCUUUUUUCCUCUCUCCUCGGCCUCCCUUCCUCUCCCUGUUGCCGUCCUUUCUUCUUUUCUCCCUCCGUGCCCUUCUGCUUUUCGCCUGUUCUCCUCGAGUCGCCAUGUCAAGACGAGCUCUGUCUCGCGACCCGGCGCACUCGAAUGACAGGGAACCGCGGCUGAACCGCGAGCAAGGAAAUUGCCUGCCCCUUCGUCCGUCUGCCUGUUCGCCGCAUGUAGUCCUCAGAGACCAGGCUGAUGGAGACCGGCUGCAUGCAGCCGGUCUCCAUCAGCCACCCUCCCAGGACACAGGCGACUUGCCUCGCUUUCGUCUCCGUCCUAGGCUCGUCGCCUCUACGGCAACUGCGCCCCAGGCAUCCACCGGCCUCGCUGCUUCCUCCUCUGUCUCCGGGGUCUCUUCAGUAUCGCAUGUCUCCUUUUCUGCAUGCAUGCAGUCUCGCAUGGUGCGUGGAACCUGCUGUUCGAACCGCGGAGAGCAAGGGCCGCAGAUCGAAGUGUUUGAGCGCUUUCCUAAAAGACAGAGCAUUCCACAAGCGGCUGUCCCUCCCGAUGACUCUGGAGGCAGUCCUCCUCACUUCAAGUCGCCACAAAUCGUUCAGAACUGUCUCCUUGUCUCUUCUCUUUCCUCCUCUUCUUCCGAUGAUUUUCUGGCUUCGUCUGUCGCCUCUCCUCCGCAGGACGGAUGCAAGCCCUGCACCGCCAGGGAGACCGAGGCUGCGUCAGGUGGACAUACACCUGGCGUGCGGCGAGUUUCUUCUCGCGGUCGACCUGCGACACUGCGCCGGGCGACUGAGAGCUCGAGCAGCGGCGAAUCCUUCUUCCCCGGAAAUGUGUACGAAGCUUCUGCCUUUUCUCUCCCUCGAAAGGAAGAAACUUGUCUUCUGCGGCUGGGCGCGCCAGUGUGGAGUCCUCCUCGUUCACCGGUAGCUAGAGCACGAUGUCAUUCUUCAGCGGCCCCAUGCACACAAGCAGAGUCGCCUGCGAAAGCCGCUUGGUUUUUUUCGACACCCCGGCCAUCGUUUCCCCCUUCGUGUUCCGCCCUUCUCUCUGGCGUCUCUCCUGAUGUCUCCUUGUCUCCUCUCCGACCUUCCGGCUUCUGCGAGUCGCCUCACACCGACGAACUCGCGCCGACAGUUCGGUGCAGCGUGGCGACCGUCUCAGCUGAGACAGAACGCGAGGAGGAAAAGAGGCCUGUUUUAGAUCGAGAUUCUCUUGCUUUUCGUGACGACGCGUCCUCGUUUCGCUUCCGUGCUUCGACAGAGACGAAAACGACGGUCCCCCCUUCCUCCGGAUCGCCUUCUUUCUCCACCACCACCGCCUCUUCCUUUCUCUUUCCCUCUUCUUCUUUCUUGCCGCCUUCUUCUUCCUUUUCAAGUUCGUCGUCCUUUUCAACGUCUUCUUCUUCGUGUUCUCCCUUUCACACUGAGUCCUUUGCCGCCGCGCCUGACUGCAUGCGCGAAGAGCCGAGUGUCUGUACAGGGGAGGAGGCGGAAGAGAUGAGGCGACCCGACAGCUCGCGGGGCGCUGCCUGUACACUUGGGAGGAAGGCGGCGGCCGCGGCAGAUAUCGCGCGUUCUCCGCCUGUCGAGAAUGUGCGAAGAAGCGCCCGUCUUCAAGAGCUUUACGCGAGAAGAAAACGAGAGAGCAGUCCGCCUGAAGGUCGUUCCUUGUCCGCUGCGUCUUCUUCGCAUGCAGAUGGCCCUCCCUCUCUCUCCACUGAGAUCUCCGCAUGCGGUGAAAGCCAAAGUCCGCCGGGAAACGGGUCGUUAGUGGCCGGAGAGUCUCGCUCUGCAUGGCGCAGACACUGUCGACGCUCUUCGCCUCCGUCGUCGUUUUCUUUUUCUUCUGCUUCGCAGAUAGACGAACAGCGGGCAGUGGAAAGCAGAAGUGUAACUCUUCUUUGCGGGGCUUCGUCGCCUGGCGCGGCUGCUUGCGCAGCGACACGGACGUCUUGCAAGCUCUCAGGAGAUUUAAGGAAGCUCGAUCGUGGAAGGAGAUCAAGCGCAGACGAGGAAGCAGGGACCGCGAGAGAGAGCAUAGGGGAGGACCUCUCGACCCCCGUCGGAGGUAGCUGCCUAGACCGCUUGAAGGAGGAGAGCGCCGAAGAGAGGAGACGAGAAGACGCGGAAGAGCGAGGAGAGAAGAAAGCACGGAGCUGUGCCGCUCACACGGUCCCCAAAGGACAGACACUCUGGGGAGACGCCGAGUCUGGAGCUCUGGUGGAGACUCGAGACGACAGACGAGAGAGGCUGCACACAGUAGUACAUAGGAAGGCCCCCGCAACCGAGAAAACAGAGUCUGCGUUCGCCGCUUCUUUCUCUUCUUGGUUUCCGAGCUCGGGGUCGAAUAAAGGCGGUGGCGCAUCUCUCGUUUCUGUCGAGAGAGGAGGCAAGACCGAGCCCGGAGAGGCGCAUUUUUGGACGGGAGAAGAAGACAGGAUGGAGCAGAAACGCAGCUCUCUCUUUGUCACUUCCGUUGACGACGUUUUCCAUGCUGGAAGAGAAUUCGCCCCGCUUGCUUCGGCGCAGCUCACCCGAGACACUGUCUCCUUUUCGAGCUCCCGAAAGAAACAGGGCAGCCAGGCAGCAGGCUCCGCUGAGCCUCCCGCGGAGGUAGCUCCACGGCGAGCUUCGCUGACAGAAGCCUCGAGAGAAGAAGGAAGCCAGGAGGCGACAGACACUGCAAGUGUCGAGUUUCCCUGCCCGCACUCGCUUCCUUCUUUCGCUGUCUCCUCGUUUUCCUCUUCGUCUUCCUCUCUUUCGUCUGAAUAUGCUUCUCCUCCCUCUUUUUCGUCUUCCUCUUCAGCCUCCAAGACGCCAUCGUGUCGACUUUGUCUCUCGUCUUUCGUUCAUCGGUCCUUCUCCUCUCGGACUCUCCAACUGCGACAGCAGCCAAACGUUCCUUCCGCCUCUUCUUCCUCCACUUCCCCCUCUUCUUCCUCCACUUCCGCCUCUUCUAUCUGCACUUCCUCCUCCUCUUUCUCUUCUUCCUCCUCUUCCGUUUCCUCUUCCUUUUCUCCCUUUUCCUCCGCCAUUUCUCUCUCUGUAGGCGACGAACAGAUGUGUGGGGACAGGCGGUGGCCCGAGUUUGACGGUUCCGGCUGGUCUGCUUCUUCUCGUUUCCCCUCGUUUCCUCGUCUUUCUUCUACGUCCUCUCGCCUUGUGGCUUCCGAUUCCCUCGCGGCCGCCGCCGCUCCGGCGUCUCCCGCGUCGCACCGCGCCCUGCGAGAAGUCGAGAGGAGCGACGAAGGAGAGCAGCUGGCGACUGGCGCGCAGCGGAGAGAGAGCGGGGGAAAGCGCACCUGGGCUUCCACACAUGCGGAGAGAAUCGACCUUUCCACAGCGAGCGCGGAAACGCGAGAGCUCUGCGUGACAGUCCCGGAGGCAGAGACUCCGAAAAGAGGACGCAGAGAAAGAGAGGCAAAGGAAAUGACCAUUCUCAGACGAGUGACGCUUGGAAUUCUUCUCUUCUGCUUCAUCCGCAAGCUUCUGCUUCUCGCUUGGCAGUGGCCGCGGGCUCUGAGUGCGUCUCCGGAGAAGUUUGCGUUUUCGUCUGUUGAUUUGUUCGACGAGAGCGAGGCGAAGUUUCGCAGAAUCAUGGAGGCGCUCGCAGCUGAGUUUCCUGAGCAUCGACACCGGUUCCUGAUUUCGGAGCCUCCCUCGUACGCGCCGCAUGCGUUUUCGUCCUCGUCGUCUGCUAAACAAGAAUACCCUUCAGCGGCGCCCUUCGUCUCGCUUCUUAGUGACUUUCUUUCGCGUUUCUCGUCACGCAGAGGCGCGUUCCGUCUGCCGGACGGCGACUUCUCGCUGGCAAGAAGAGAGGAUCCCGGAACUGUGUCCACGGAAGACUCCUCGGCAUUCGAUGCGACAGAGGUCGAGACAGAGAAAUCGGCGGCCGCGUCCUCUCUCUUUUACCAGAUGAAGGCGUUUCUGUGGAGCCUGCCCUUUAGCUCGGCUACCGGUGCACCGCCUUCCGCGCUGUCGACGGACGAGAGCUUCGAGCAAGGCGAAAACGCAGAUACGCAAGGCAGAGAAACAGGAGAUACGAAAGAGAAGUUCCACUACAGAUCGUGGAGAACGAGAACUCCAAAGACAGCGCCCUUAGCUGCCAUCUGCUCUCUUCUUCUCCUCGUCUUUCGUUCCUGGGGCGCUCUGGUGCGCUUCGUUUGUUCGUGGGUGGUUGCACCUCCGCUCGCGCUGCUCUUCCGGUUUUUCCUCUCCCUUCUCUUUCGACUGUCUCUCUCCUUCUUCUUCGUCGCAGCGACGUUCCUAGGGGUCGGCUCCUGUUUCCUGUUCCACCUUCGCGGCUUCUGCGCCCUCGCAGAGAGAGACAGGAGAGCGCCGCUCUCUCUUCCCAGUGCUUCCUCCCCUUUUCGUCUCUCGGCCUCAGGCUCUCUCGCGACAGAGACUUCCCCCCGACGGACGGAGAGCUUUGCUGCUGCGACACUGUCGGCUUCGCUGUUUGGCGACGAAGCGAAAACAGCGGAGGCAAGAGCCGCGUCUUCUCUGGGUGGGGAGGCAACCGAGACUUGCAGAUCUUCGCUGCUGCAUCUUGCUUCGUGCGCCUCCUCCGCGCGCCUCUGCGCCUCUGUAGCUCGGCCGCUUCUCCCCGUGGCUGCGUCGUUCCUCGCCCGGGCGUUGCAUGCAGUUCCAGGCUGCCGGACGCCGAACGCGCUCCCGGAAGAGAGCAAAGGAGAGAACGAGAGAGAAGACCGAGGGAGCGGGGGUGAACAGAUCGCAGCCGAGAUGGAGAGAGAAUAAGAAUGGAGAGGGAGAUGGAAACAGAAGAAAGAACAGGGACGGAGAGGAAGGGAGGAAAGAGGAGAGGUGCAGGGUGGCAGGCGACCGAUGCACGUGAGAGGAAGGAGGGGAGAGAGCAGUCGGUUGUGGUUUCUCGAGAAUAAGAAGCGACUGCGUAGAAGAGAAAUUGAAAAGAGACGCGGAAUGGGGAAGAGGAGGAACGCGUGGAAACGGAGAUGGGCCAGACUUCUCACAUGGUUACAGCAAGCACAGGUCUAGAGGGGACGGGGGGGUGACCGUGCAUUCUGUCCGUGUGGAGGACUGCCUACUCAGUGUCGUAGGUAUGUCUGUGUGUCUGUUUCUUGGAUGAGAGGCGUUGGGGAGACGGAGGGAGGUCGGAAAAAUCGAUUUUUUAGUCACGCAGAGGAGAAGGCUGCAAGGUGAGACACGGAAAGGAGAGAAACGCGAAGGGGAACUUUUUGCGGAGUUGCAGGGAGGCUGUUUUUCUGCCUGUCGCAGGGGCGGAAAGAGGGAAGAAACGCUUUGAAGCAGGUACAUCACGCACUCGUUUCUGAUUAGGAGAGCGAAACUCGAGGAUCUCCAGAGUCGUUCUGUAGCGAUUGUUUAGCACAGAAACCGGGGAAAAGUGUAGACAAUCAACGGCAGGCGGAGCUCCGCUGUGAGGAGCCUCAUCUUGUGCGACCCAGGACGAAUACGGUCGCGGCGGGGAAUCGUGGCUGUUCUCACGCGCUCCUUUGUUCACAGAACGCAGCCCACCGCCGGCAGAGCACCGAGGCAUGUCUCCUUGUAGGAGUGUGUAUUAUUUGAAGCGAGUCUGGAGACACACUGUCAAGCAAGAAGGUUUCUGUGCGAGAGAAAACGCUUUGGCUCUUGGUACACCGUAGUGAUCUACGAAAUGGAGGCUGAAACACAGACAGGGAGACCCCAAGCGAGUCCCGGCGCGCCUCUACACAACCUCCGCCGCCGUUUCUGCGUGUCUGAGUACUGACGGCAGUAAAGAUGUUUCAAAAGGGGUGCUUCUCGGCCAAUCUCAGCUUCCUCAAUCCCUUGCA